AUGGUGCCGUUUCUCGCCUUUGUGGCGGCGCUUCUGGCUGCGAUCGGCGGCCGCUGCUCCUGCGGCAGCGUCCCUUCAUUCAUCCUCCCGUUCACAGACUGCGCGCGGAGCCGGGGGAAAGACGCCUUCUACCGGGGAGCCGUGGACGUCACCGAGUCCGGCACCCGGUGCAUGAACUGGACCGAGGUGGUCGGCUUCCAGGACCGCUACCCGGGGAAAGGAAUAGGAGAGCACAACCACUGCCGCAACCCGGACGGGAGGAUCCGACCCUGGUGCUUCUUCAGGAACCAGAGAGGCAGGGUGGACUGGGGCUACUGCGACUGUAAACAAGGUUCAGUGCGUCUGCAAGGCGGCCGGUCCAAGCUGGAUGGCAGGGUGGAGGUGUACCUGGGAGGAGUGUGGGGCUCCGUCUGCAGUGACGACUGGGGGGACGGAGAUGCUGCGGUGGUCUGCAGACAGCUGGGGAAAGGGGUCUCAGGUCGCGCUCGUGCAGUUCCUCUGUUCCAGUCAGGUAUGGACAAGAUUCACUGGAGUGCAGUGCAUUGCCAGGGAAAAGAACCAGACCUGCUUCAGUGUCCUAAGUCUACCUGGAAUGGAGAAGAGUGUUCUUUGGCUGCAGCCGUCACCUGCACCCAGCAAAAAGCUGCAGUGAUGCUCCCAGUACGACUCGUAGGAGGGCGAUCAGAGCUCGAGGGCACAGUGGAGGUGUUCCACGCGGGACAGUGGGGUUCCAUAUGUGACGACCAGUGGGACGACAGUGACGCAGAGGUGGUGUGUCGACAACUGGGGCUCAGUGGUGUAGCAAGGGCAUGGAGCCAGGCGCAUUUUGGCAAAGGCUCGGGCCGUGUGUGGUUAGACGAGGUGCGCUGCACAGGCAAUGAGCUCACCCUGGAGCAGUGUCCAAAAAGCGCCUGGGGGGAGCACAACUGUCUGCACUCCGAGGAUGCAGGCGUGUCUUGCAUCCCUCUCACAGAUGGAACAACAAGGCUGGUCGGGGGGGCAGGGAGCCAUGAGGGGCGUUUAGAAAUCUUCUAUCACGGUCAGUGGGGGACAGUUUGUGAUGAUGGCUGGACAGACUCCAACACUCAAGUAGUGUGUCGACAUCUCGGUUACAGGUUAGGUGAGACUCUGCUGUCUGAGGGACUUGAUAUCACCCCCGUCCCACGCUUUGGGGUGGGGUCGGGCCCGAUUCUUCUGGAUGAUGUGAGCUGUACAGGGAAGGAGCCCAGCAUACUGCUGUGCAACAAGAGAGAGUGGCUCCACCACGACUGCACACACCACGAAGACGUUCACAUCGCCUGCAGCCCUGAACGCAGCGGAGACAGCCUUCCAAAUAAUGUGCCAAUAAGACUCGUGGGAGGAGAGAGCCCAAGGGAGGGCCGGGUAGAGCUCUUUCUUUCCGGCCAGUGGGGGACCGUCUGCGAUGACGGAUGGACCGAUCAUGACGCAGAGGUGGUUUGCCGACAGUUGGGCUACAGUGGCGUUGCGAAGGCCCGUGUGAUGGCAUACUUUGGCGAAGGAACGGGGCCCAUCCACGUGGACAAUGUGAAGUGCAGUGGUGAGGAGCGAUCCUUAGCGGACUGCAUCAAACAGGUGCCAGGCACACACAACUGUCGACACAGUGAGGAUGCCGGGGUCAUAUGCGACUACGGCGAAUGGCAGCCCAGCUACCAAGAAGUCAAAGAUCCUGUCAACUCAAUUUGCGGUCUGCGGCUCGUACACACUCGCCAACGGCGAAUCAUUGGCGGAGAGAACUCUCUGAGGGGAGGCUGGCCAUGGCAGGCUGCCAUUCGUUUGCGAGGAUCUCGAGGAGAUGGGCGGUUGGUGUGUGGAGCAACUCUAAUCCACACCUGCUGGGUCCUCACAUCUGCACACUGCUUCAAAAGGUACGGAAACAGCACCAAGCAGUAUAAAGUCAGAGUGGGCGAUUACCACUCCCUCGUCCCUGAGGAGUACGAGGAGGAGUACGGCGUCGAUCAAAUAGUCCUCCAUCCGAGCUACCAUUCCCAUAGCAACGAUUACGAUCUGGCGCUGGUUCGUCUGUCGCCGGGGGCGGUGGGCCAGAUGCCGGGGGAGUGUGUGUCAUUCAGCCGCCACGUCCUUCCCGCCUGUCUGCCCAUGAGGAAAGAGAGAGUCCUCAAACAAGCCAGCAACUGCCACAUUACCGGCUGGGGCGACACAGGCCGCUCGUACUCCAAGACCCUGCAGCAGGCCCCGCUGUCCCUCCUGCCCCGCCGCCACUGCCAGGAGCAUUUCCACGGCGCCUUCACGAGUCGCAUGCUCUGCGCCGGCAGCAUCCAGCCGGAGAAGCGCGUGGACAGUUGCCGUGGCGACAGCGGAGGUCCGCUGGUGUGCGAGCGCCCAGGGGGGGGCUGGGUGGUUUACGGGGUCACUUCCUGGGGUCACGCCUGCAGGACACAACAGUCCCCUGGCGUCUACACCAAAGUCUCCGCCUUCAGCUCCUGGAUACGGAAGGUGACCGGACGUGACGAGAGAAAGCGAUGAAAGGUGGAGCGCAAAGUGGAACGACUUACCUCUCAGUCUUGAUGUAGUUAACUGUUUCUCCGGUGAUGUGACCUGACUCUCAAACAGAACAGAAAGAACAAUGCUGGAAUUUUUUUCACCUGAUGUUGCUCGAAGCCUCUUUGGAGAGAGGAAGGACUCAUUUCUUCUCAUCGAAGUCAUCAGCACUUAUUUUGUUUAUUAAAAGUUUUUACAUGGUAUCUGAACUAAACUUCUUUGGUAUAACUUAACUCUUUUUUUCUGUCAUUGAAUACUAGACUUUUUGAAAUGUGUUUUAUCUGCUACCUUUUUGUUAUGAAAUUAUAAUUUAUGUUAUGAUGAGGAAUCUUCAAAAGGGACCACAGUGUUAAAAUAUACAGCAUACAUGCAUGCACUCAUGCACACACAGUCAUUGCAUGAUAUGAAUUUGCAUCCUUGCACUAAGAACCCUUCUCUGGUACUUAUUGUAUGAUAUUUGGUGCUUUAUAGUUAGAUAGGUAUUUUACAAAUAUAGCUACAAACCUCAUUUCAAUCUUUAAAUGUAAAUAUUGUCAUUUCUUUUUUCUUACAGUAACUUUAAAAUGAUUCUCAGGCCUCCUCAUAUCCAGGCAGUAUUUUUCCUUGGACUCUGUGCUGCGCAGCAUUUGUAGAGAAAGGAAGCGAAUGAAGUGUUUCGAAAUGAAAGCACAAAACCGGUUUCAUAAAUGUUGAUUUGACUUUGUUAAUGUUCUGUUAAUGCAGUUGUUGUCAAGCUUCUGACAACACUGGAAAAAGACAAUCUGCUACACUUGAAAGAAAUGACACUGCUCUGCUUUACUCAUGAUGACUGUACUGUAACAUUUGUUCAUGAACUAAAACUUUGUUUAAAAAAAAAAAAAAAAAGAGGGCGUUUGAGUACUUGAG